CUUGGAGGGGACAGGUUUUAGGAUAUACCCGUGACACCCCAAUACCGAGCGGAGCUGGGACAGGUACAAUGAACCAAAUUCAGAAGUUAUUGUAUGAUUCUUUGAUAAAGACCUCGCACGUGGAGGGUGCCGCGCUCAUCAAAAUAAAGGAGGGUCUCGCGUUUGCCUCCCCACCACAUUUUCAUUUGAAGCCACAAGAAAUCCAAGCUAUUAUAGGUGCCUUCAAGACCCCCCCUGUGAUAAGAAGAGAAGGAAUUAACUUUCGAGAAAAGACAUACAAAUGUAUCCGUGCAGAUAAAAACUCCAUAUAUGCUAAAUGUGAGGAGGAAGGUAUAGUUGUGGUAAGAACAAAGUCCCAUAUCCUUUUAGCCAUGUACCGUGAAGGCAUGUACCCCAGCGUGUGCGUAGAAGCAGCUGAGAAACUUGGUUCUUAUUUACGGGAAAAGGAAAUGUAAGAAUCAAAAACCAUCUACAGAUGAUGAUUUGCCAAAAGUGGUACAAAAGAAGCCCUACGUCUGUAACAUUCCACCUAAGCAAUGCUUUUGGAGACCCUUCCUUAAACAGAAAGAGGCAGGAAUAACCUCAGGAUUCUUCUACGCCCUUAAAUGUGAUUUAUUUACUGCCAAGUAUACUCUGCCCGGUUUAUCAGACGCCUGUAAAAAUCCUAAAACAGAUUGUUUAGAAAAAUUGUGAUUACAAAAGAAAGUUUGUCGACUAAUACAGCAUGAUCAAAUACAAAAAAGUCACAUU